GGUGGGAACAAUCAAGAUCAAGCUGUUGCUCCGGGAGUGUGGAUUGUAGCAGCGCAAAUCUGUAUCUGUUGGAACGUGUGUUUCUGAAGAAGGAAUGCUGAAAGCGGAGGAGAUGAUUCAGCGGAGAGGGCAAGUUAUGCGUCUUUUUGUUUGCCUGUGCUUGUCGGGGGUCUAUUCGGAAACCGUUCGGUACACGGUAUUGGAAGAAAUGGAGAAGGGCUCUUGGGUGGCUAAUGUGGUGAAGGACCUGGGGCUGGAUAGCGAGGAUCUGUCCUCCAGGAAUGCCCGGAUCGUUUCUGAGGUUGACAAAGAGUAUUUUAAUCUUAAUCCUCAGACAGGGGAUUUGUUCAUAAAGGAGAAACUCGACAGGGAGGGUCUAUGCGCCCGGAGUGAACCCUGCAUUUUGCCUUUCCAAAUUUUACUGGAAAAUCCAUUAAAGUUUUAUCGGUCUGAGAUAGCAGUGGACGAUAUAAACGACAAUUCUCCAGUGUUCCUGGACAAGGAAAUGAUUCUGAAUAUCCCGGAAAAUAGUCCUGUGGGUACGGAAUUCCAAAUGGAAAGUGCACAGGAUUUGGAUGUCGGAAACAACAGCCUGCGGGAAUAUACCAUCAGCCCCAACCCCUAUUUCCACAUUAAUACUCGCGUUCACAGUGGCGGCAGGAAAUUCCCGGAGUUGGUGUUGGAUAAAGCGCUGGAUCGGGAACAGCAAGGUGAAAUUCACUUAACCAUCACGGCCAUGGAUGGCGGUUCCCCGCCAAGAUCUGGAACUGCCGAGGUUCAUGUUCUUAUUGUGGACAUAAAUGACAAUGCCCCUGUUUUCACUCAGACACGAUAUGAGGUUCGGAUUCCCGAAAACAGCCCUAAAGGCUCACUGGUUUCCACGGUCACCGCUAAAGAUUUUGAUGCAGGAAUCAAUGGAGAAGUAUUGUACUCAUUUUUCCGUGCUUCCGAAGAGAUUCGCAGAACGUUUCAGAUUCAUUCAAUUUCGGGGGAGAUUCGAUUAGUAGGACAAUUAGAUUUUGAGCAGAGUCAGUUUUAUGAGUUCGACUUGGUGGCCAAAGAUGGCGGGGGCCUUUCUGGCAAGUGUACUGUUUAUGUUCAGGUCAUCGAUCUGAACGACAAUCCCCCGGAGCUUAUCAUGUCAACAGUUACUAGCCCCAUCUCCGAGAACGCUCCAGAGGCAGUGGUAGCCGUUUUCAGUAUUAGAGAUCGCGACUCUGGGGACAAUGGCAGAAUGGUUUGUUCCAUCCAGAACGAUCUCCCAUUCGAUUUAAAACCCACAUUUAGGAACUUCUAUACCUUGGUAACGGAUCGAGCGCUUGACAGAGAGAGCCAAUCCGAAUAUACUAUCACGAUCACUGUCAAGGAUCUGGGAUCCCCUAGCCUCAAAACGGAGCAGAACAUAACGGUGCUGAUAUCCGAUGUCAACGACAACCCCCCGGUGUUCAAUCAAACAUUCUACACGCUGUAUGUCAAGGAAAACAACAGCCCUGCCCUGCACAUCGGCAGGGUCAAUGCCGUGGAUAGAGACUCAGGGCAGAAUGCCAGGGUGUCUUACACCUUGCUGCCAUCCGAGGACGGGGACCUUUCCUUGCCCUCCUACGUCUCGAUCAACUCAGAAAAUGGCAAUAUUUACGCUCUGAGAUCCAUGGAUUAUGAAACCAUUCAGGAGUUCCAAUUUGCAGUGAGGGCGGCAGAUGGCGGUUCCCCGGCCCUGAGUAGCCAGGCGAUGGUCCGUGUAGUGGUCCUGGAUGACAAUGACAAUAGUCCCUUCGUCCUGUAUCCUCUGCAGAACGGCACCGCCCCCUGCAAUGAUCUGGUCCCCAGAUGGGCGGAGGCCGGCUACCUGGUGACCAAGGUGGUGGCGGUGGACGCAGACUCAGCUCAGAACUCUUGGCUUUCCUUCCAACUGCUCAAGGCCACGGACCCUGGGCUCUUCAGCGUGUGGUCCCACAACGGGGAAGUCCGAACGACAAGGCUCAUCACCGACAAAGACCCCGUCAAGCAGAAACUCGUUGUUCUGGUGAAGGAUCAUGGGGAGCCCUCUCUGUCCACCGCGGCCACUCUGCAUUUGUUUCUGGUGGAUGGCUUUUCAGAACCCUACUUACGGCUUCCAGAAGUCGUGAUGGACGGUGAACCCGAAGACUCCCUCACGGUGUAUCUGGUCAUUGCUCUGGCCUCCAUCUCAUUCCUCUUCCUCUUCUCGGUGAUUGUCUUCAUCGUACUGAGGCUGUGGAGCAGGAGGGGAGAAGCCACGGAUGCUGCUAGCCUGGGCCUCGAUGGUCAUUUCCCGGGACAUUUGGUGGAUGUGAACGGCACCGGGACCCUGUCCCAAAGUUACCGCUAUGAAGUUUGUUUAACCACUGGGUCAGGGAACAGCGAGUUCCAGUUCCUCAAACCAGUCAUCCCCAGCCUUCCUGCCCAGAGCGCUGGUAGAGACCUUGAAGAAAGCCAUCAAUUUCGCAAUAGUCUUGGCUUUAAUUAGAGUAUUCUUAGGAAAAAUGUUCUUAACGAACUGCUUGAGUACUUUAUAAAUACUUUCCACCCUCUCUAUUUCUUGUAGUUUAUACAUAUUUAAUUUUAAGAUAUGACUUUCAUAAUGAUUUCAAAUAUUGCUCAUCUUCCUCUUCUAAACCACAUGUUUCAGUCCUACCUUACCUAGCUCUUGGGUCUCGACUAAACUACCAAUAACUCUCAUUUUCAUUCGCAACGUUCAGACACUAAUUCCCCCUUCAUCAAAGUCCCAGGUUUUGGGGUGUUUGGCCUGGUUCAAAGAGAAUACCAUAUGCUCUGUGACUGAAACCGACCCUCUGCCAAUCCAAAAUGCAACCCUGCAGUGAUUUCAAAACUUUUUAAUCCCCUCAUAAUA